UAUGCUCUGAAUUGUGUUUUGAUUUCAUUACGGUCUUACAAUUAACUAAAUUAACAGUUUCAGUAAUUUUUUGUAUUUGCUUAUACUUCGCUAUCAGGAAAAGAUAAAAUAAAAUAACAUUUUUUUAAACCAAAUUAAUUUCGAUGCUACGUACAAAUAGAAUAACUGCUUUGAGGACGCUGAUGUAUUGCUUAAUACUAUUAUAUUUAAUAAUAGAGUAAAAGUAGUACGCCUUGUCCAAUAAUAUAAAUAUCAUGCUUUUUUUGGCUGCAGUACAAUCUGAGCAAUUAUUAAAUUGAACGUUCAGAAAACUCAACUGUAAUUCUUUCUGAAUAAGGAAGUGGCUUUAUUUAAAUCUGCAAGCAAAUGAAUUACGUACACUAAUUUUAUGCUGAAACGUAUAUAUUGAUUUUUCCGUUUAAGUCUUCCUGACUUGGAAGAACGAAGUUAUAGUUAUAAAAGCAUAAAGUUAGCAAGUAACAAGAAAUCUCGGCGUAACUUUUUAAGAUAUAUUGUAUAUACCUAAUGGAAAAGAAUAUAUAACAAUAAUUAAUAUGGUUGACCUGGAAAUGUCUAAUUAUUAUAAGAAUAUAAUUUCAAAAUUAAUUAAUUUUGUAAAAUUAUGUAGGCUUAUGAUUUAUGACGCGACAAUCGCCAUUGAAAAACAGUGAAAUAUUUCAAUUUCUUCAAACUUUUAUCGAUAUUUACAGCUUUUCUGCUUGAUAAUUAAUCCUACCUAUGGAAAAUAACAAAAAGGAAUAUUCUCGCUUUAUAAAAAGUCUCAUUAAAUUACUACCCAUGUCGAUGAAUUACCCUAGGGAAUGAUAGUUUUUAAGGCGAUUUCAUUCGAGAUAAAAACGUCUAACAUCGAAGACGAUGUCAUCUAUCCAAGAAUUAUAUCUAAUAGAUAAUGAUAGAUUAUUAAUAUAAAAAUUAACGUAGUAUAUAAAAUAUUACUGAUAAUACUACUGAGUAUAACGAUACAGUGAAACAGCGCAUACUACUAUAAUAAACAAUAUUAUCUAGGCAAAAAGUAAUUGAUAAUUUUAUUGUCGAUUAUAUCUAUCAUAUAUAUUAUAGACAAUGAUGUAAACGCUGGAAAAGGGAAACCAAUUGAUAUCGCGUAUAUACAACUGUGCGAAGAUCGUCGCUGCUUCUUGUGUGAAAAAAUAUUCUUAUCUGAUUUUGAGUAAUCGAGAAAGUUUAUAAAGUGGAUAGACCGUAGCAGCUAGUAUCAGAAGUUUAACGUGUCCCAGAAUUACACCAAUGUUUUAAUUGUGUCCAGUCUCUGCAACCCUUAACAAGUUAUAUAUUGUUUUAUUUACGAUAUUUUGUAGCAGGUUCUGCUUUUUCGGUUGCGAAUAAAAACGUGAAUUAGCACGAAAAUUCACUACUUAUUACGAAUAUCUUAAGGGUACGGCAGAAGAAAUAAAUAAAAAGAAUUAAGAAAUUAAAAGUCGAGGAACAGAAUACACAUACACACUUAAACCAGAAAGCUUGUUACAAGAGAUCAGAAAAAUGAUAAACAUGACAAUUACAAGCAUAAGAAAUUAUCACAGAAACUUUCCAAACGACUUGAAAUACCUACACCAAGAUAACGUACUUUAAAAUUCAUUAGGAAUAUUAUUCUGUGAUACAGACGCGAUUUAUUGCCAGUCUAAAAACGAGCCAAUGAUAUAUAUAACAUAGCACAACAUAACAUAAUAUAACAUAAUAUAAAACAAAAAGAAAAACAUGAAGAUGAGCCGGAAAGUUAGUGACCCAGGUUCCUGCGGCAUGAUUCAUUUAACUUGGAACCUGCGCCCGCAAGAACAGAAAAAGGAAACAAAGUCAGAAACGACGAGCAUGACGGAUAUAGAAGUCGAUUUAGAAAAAGUAGACGAUGGUGCCGAGAAGAAAGUCAAACCCGCCAAGAGUAGAAUUUAUUUACAAUUAAUAUCAAGCAUUGUAGUUAACUUAACACUACUGGCUUCUGGAAUAUGUUUCACUUGGUCAGCAAUUGCUAUAGAACAAUAUGAAGACCUAAAAAAUGUCGACAAUGCAGGCUGGGUAGUUGCUGCGGUGAAUAUUGGUGCCGUCUUCGGACCUAUUCUAUCUGCAUUACUGCUAAAUCGCAUCGGCAGGAAAUGGCUCAUCUAUGCAACGAGCGUCCCAUUUAUCGCCUGUUGGAUACUCACGUAUUUUGAAAAAUCCUGGGUGUAUCUUUUCAUGGCAAGAUUCUGCGCUGGUAUAUCGAUCGGUAUCUUAUACGCCGCAGUCCCACUGUAUAUCGGAGAACUGGUAGAGACAAAAAUUAGAGGAGUGUGCAGCUCGAUGAUGCCUGUGAUGCUUCAUUUGGGAUAUAUUUUCGUAUACGGAGUUGGUCCGCGAGUGGAUAAAGAGACGUUCGCAUUGAUGAAUAUAAUACCAACAGCUGUAUUUCUAUUAACUGCUAUAUGGUUACCGGAAUCGCCUUAUUAUUACUUAAUGAAAAAUAAGGAAAAAUAUGCCGCGCUAGCCAUGACAUGGCUAAGGCGUAAGAAUGACAAUAAUGACGAGAUAGAGGAGAUGAAGAAAUCGGUAGAAGUGGAAAGACAGGGUGGCUACAAGGAAUUAUUCACGGUGAAGGCACACAGAAAAGCGCUUUUGCUCGUGUUAUUAUUACUUGCUGGUCAACAAUUUUCCGGAUAUAUGGGCGUUUUAUCCUAUGCCAGCACUUUGGUUCAAAGUUUCCAUACAAAUUUCGAUGAUAAUUUCAUUCUUCUGAUAAUAAGUGCGAUAUCUAUGAUUACAUCCUUAAUAUCUUCGUGUAUAGUCGACAAACUCGGUAGGAAACCCGUUUUCCUAAUAUCGUCGUACGGUAGUUCGCUAUGUCUUAUCGUCAUUGGAGUGUAUUUCUUGCUUGAGAAAUUAGAUAUGGACGUUCGUAGCCUCUCUUUGAUACCAUUAAUCGCGCUCAUACUUUAUGUUAUUAGCGUCGCAUUUGGUCUAACCUCGAUUCCAGCGAUCGUCACCUCGGAGAUUUUCUCAAUAGACAUGAAAAGUUGGGCAACCAUGGUCACUAAUAUUUACGGAUCAGUACUCGGCAUAAUCGUAGGCAAAGGUUACCAACUCAUAUCAGAUCAUGUUGGAAAUCACGUAAUAUUUCUCGCCUUUGCUAGUAUCGAACUUAUAAUUGCUAUCACUGCUUCCGUCGUCAUGCCGGAAACAUCACAAAAGACUUUCAGUCAGAUUCAGGAAAUUUUAAAUAAAAGCACAGCUAAACAUUCGAAUAAGACGGAAGGCGGAGAAGAGGAAACGAAAUAAAAAAACCUAUGCAUUCUAUUUAUUUAAACUUCUUCUGUGAUUUUCAUUGCAUCAUUGGAACCCUAUUUCAAACUGUUCAAUUACCACGGGAAAGUGUGAGCGUCUCAUAUACGUUUAUAUAUGCAAAUUCUUCAAACCUCUGGGAAUGUUAAUACGAAAUAAAUGAGUAGAAUAUUAAGAAAAAAGAAUAAAAAACAUUUUAUUAUAUGCCAAUGCUAAAUUUCAAACACUGAAAUGAGUAAGAUAGUGACGCAUUCGUUUACGUUCUCUUGCCGUCUGGUUCACGAUCUUUGCAUUUGUAUCUAUAACGUAAGAAUUUUAUCUCGUGAUUAUAUCAGUUGAUAAAGAAAUAAAAGGGAAAAUAUGAAAAUCAAAUAUGAAAAUCAGAUAUGAAAAUAAAAUAUAAGAAUAUACGUAUGUAUAUAUAAUAUAUAUUUACUUUCCUGCAAUUCCGCAGAAAAUUGUUUUGGGUUCUGCGUAGUUGCUCCAUUUAAAUUUAUCGGAUCAUUAUUGCCAUCACGGUCGCUUUCCACCUUAAGGAAGAAGAUAUUACCAAUACUGUGUCUAUUUUUAACAUUAAUGUGUUAUACAUGCAAAAUAAUAAACUAUCAUUUCUAUAAUAAAAGCAAUACAAGCAAAGA